AGCGCAAGAUGGCGGCGGGCGCCUCGGACCCCCUGGAAGAGAUGCUGCUCUUCUCCGAGGAGGUGGAUGAAAAGGCGGUCAGCGACCUGGUGGGCUCCUUGGAAUCGCAGCUGGCCGGCGGCCGGGGCUCCGCCGAGGCGCACCAGCCCAGGACCUCCGCUCCGUCCCAGCAGCAGCAGCCGCUGCAGCAGCAGCAGCAGCAGGGGAGCCUAGCGGGGGGCAGCAGCCCCGUCCGGCAGCAGCAAGGGCAUCCCGUGCCUCCUCCCGCUGCCGGGGCAGAGGAGGCGGCGGGAUGCCCCGGAGCCGCGGAGAGCCGAGCCCCUGCCCAGGGGCCGCUCCCGUCCCCGUCCCCCCCGGUGGCGGCAGCAGCGGCGGCAGCAGCGGCGGCGGCAGGGAGGGGAGUGAGUGUAAACAGUAGUAGUGUGCAGCAAUCACAUGGAGCGGCUCUCCUCAGCAGCGGCGGCAGCAGCCCCGGCGCGCCCGCCGCCCCUGCCCCGCCGCAGCCCGCUGCCCCCCCGGCCUCCGGCGCCUCUGCCCAGCCUGUCAACAACCAUGUGGGUGCCGGCGCCGCUGCCCGGGACGCGGGGAGCCCCAGCCCCGGCGGCAGUCCGCCCGCUGCCGACAGCGCUCCUUCGCAACGCGGAGAGGCCGCGUCCGCCGCGGGGGGGAACGGGACCCCGGCGGGAGACGGCGGGCCGGUGGGAGCGGCGGAGGGCACAGCCGCCGCCACCGCGCCGCUCCCCGGCGAGGCGGCGCCCAACGGGGAGGGCGCCGGGGGCCGGCCGGCGGCAGUCCCACCAGUCAGCAGCCACGGCAGAGUCGACGCCGCCACAGCUCAGCCCAAGCCCGCGCACGGCCCGCUCCCCGCAGUAAACGCACUCAGUAACAACGUCAGCCCAGCUGCCGGCGCGGCCGCCCCGCCGGGACAAGGCUCCGUCGUCAACUGUGCCCCGCCGGCCCCCGCUGCCCCCGGCGUCGCGCCCAAGCCAGCGAUCGGCGUCCCGGGUGUCGCCAAGGCGGGCGCUACCCUGCCCGUCGCCCCCGCGGCCCCCCAGGCUCUGUCGCCCAGGCCGGCGCUGGGCGCUGCCCCCAGGAUCGUGGCGCCGCAGCUGAUCGUGAGGCCGCCGCAGCAGACCACCAUCCAGCUGCCCCCCGGCUUCACUAUCCCGCCCGGUAUGGUCUUGGUGCGCACGGAUGCUGGCCAGCUUGUCAUGGUGCCUCAGCAGGCUCUAGCCCAGGCUCAGAUGCAGGCUCAGGUGCAAACACAGGGGCAGGGUCCUGCCAGCAUUUCACCCAGGCUUUCAGUGCCCACCACUGGCCCUGUUUUUCGCCUGUCAACAGCUCAGCCAACUUCUGUAGCCACCUCUACCGUCCGCCUGGGACUCCCUGUGCAAGCCAAAGUUGUGCAGUCAACUCCUGCCCCUGUCAGUGCUACGUCUGCUGCCACCCUGCCAGGAGCCUCUAUUCUUGCACACACCACAGUAUCAGUAGCUACAACGAGUGCUCAAAAUGUAUUUAAGACAACAGUAGCAACUGGAACAUCAGCUUCUCAGCAGCCAGCAGUCAUUACUGGUGGGCAGACUCAAGCUUCAGCACAAACCCAGGGUCAGCCUCGUCUGCCGCUUCCACCUCACACAGCAGCACAAGUACCAGCACAGCCCCAGGUCAUACCAAGCUCUCCUGUACCUGGAACUACAGUUGUAUCACAGGAAAUGCAAGAGAAUGUGAAAAAAUGCAAAAACUUUUUAGCUACCCUUAUAAAGCUUGCUUCUCAUAAUUCACCAUCUCCAGAAACCUCCCGCAAUGUGAAAGCUCUGGUUCAAGAUUUGUUGGAUGCAAAGAUUGAUCCAGAAGAAUUUACAGGCCGCCUUCAGUCAGAACUGAAAUCAUCUCCUCAGCCAUAUCUUGUACCUUUCCUUAAGAAAAGCCUCCCUGCAUUGAGACAAUCUUUACUGAACAGUCAGCACUCCGUUUUGCAAGGACAGCCGUCUCAGCAGUCGCUUCAGCAAACCAAGCUCUCACAAGUUAUACCUCAAUCUGCCUCUGGAAGCGUUUCCUCUGUUGUCACCACGCAGACAAUAGGAAUAAGGCAACCAAACAACAUUUGCACAGUCUCUGUAUCAAAUACAGUGCAGCCUCCUCAGGUUAAGGUGGUACAGUCAAAUCAGAGUUCUCAACUGCAGAUUAUCCAGUCCACAUCUGCUCAAACUGUGAAACGAAACCCUGCUUGCCAGACUACCCAGAUUAGGAUGCCAGUGGUAAUAACUCAGACCAUUAGACCACAAGGCACAGUAGGGAAGGCACCAACAAUACAAGCCAGCAAAAGUCCUGGGGGCUUUGGUGUUCAGGUCUCUGCAAAUCAGAAAAACAAGCUGAAUGACCCUGGAGGUGGUUCUUUCAGAGAUGACGAUGACAUCAACGAUGUGGCCUCCAUGGCUGGCGUUAAUCUCAGUGAAGAAAGUGCCCGAAUCAUGGCUACCAACUCUGACUUGGUUGGAACCCAGCUGCAGCCCUGUAAAGAUGAGCCCUUUCUUGCUGCUAUACCUCUGCACAGACGCAUACUUGAAACGGCUAAAAAACUAGGAAUUACUGAUGUGCCAGCUGAAGUGGUUACUUUUAUUUCCCAUGCAACACAGAACAGAUUAAGAACAGUGAUAGAAAAAGUAACAGUGAUAACCCAGCAUCGAAUGGAAUCCUACAAAGAUGAUGAGUGGUAUGAACAAGCUACAGACGUCCGGUCCCAGCUGAAGUUUUUUGAGCAGUUGGAGCGCUUAGAGAAGCAAAGGAAAGAUGAACAAGAGAGGGAAAUCUUGCUAAAGGCUGCCAAGAGUCGCUCAAGGCAAGAAGACCCAGAGCAAGCCAGACUGAAACAAAAAGCAAAGGAGAUGCAGCAGCAAGAACUUGCACAGAUGAGGCAGAGGGAUGCCAAUCUCACCGCGCUGGCGGCUAUCGGUCCCCGCAAGAAACGGAAGCUCGAUUCGCCCGGGCUGCUGACCAUAGGAGGAGAGGGCCUGAGCACGUCUGGCGGCAGCCAGGCUGGCCUGGGGACUCCCUCAUCGCGGCAGUACGCGCGGCAGAAAAUCACGCGCGUCAACCUCAGGGACUUCAUCUUCUACAUGGAGCAGGAGCCAGAGACCAGCCGCUCGCUGCUGCUCUACAGAGCUCUGCUGAAAUGAAGCCAAGAAUUCUUCUUCUUUCUCCAUACAGAAGCUCAACUCGCAUUGAAAAGCUGUCAUUUUAAUGUGCCUUCUCUUUCUUUCAGAGGUCAACGUUCAGUGCUUUAGUUUGGUACAAUUGUCAGACACAUGCAAUAAAUUCCCUUUGUGUUAAAAAGAAAAGGUAAAAAGCCCCAAGAACAAAAACUGUGCAAAAGGUUUGAAAUGGUGAUCCCCCAGCGUCGGGGGCCGGCUCCCUUCGGCCGCUUUAGAGGAGGCUGAAGGGGAUGGUGCUGAAGUUAGGCAAAGGGAAGGCUGCUGCAGUGGCUCACCCAAAGCAUUUCCCUCACCACGGUGUUCACCUCUGCUCCCCGUCGGGGCUGGGUUUGUGUUGUGCAGCCUGCCCAGCCGAGCCCGUGGUGGUUCCUGGCGGUGUUGUGCUUAAGUUAACUUGCAGGGUUUUGCACAGCUCGGGGAGCAGCUGCUGCACUCUCACAAAUUGGAGAGGUUUAGGAUUUUUGCUUUUCCUGCACAGCUCUUCCCCUGAGCCAUUGGCUGAAUGAAAUCCCUAGUGUAUGAAAUCUGUGGCUUUGGGUCCCAGCUGAGCUACCUUGACUGGCUUCCAAGUGCUUUCUGAGGCUCUUCAACCUUUUGCACGUGUGAUGCGAGUGGUAAGUAAGGCGAAGCAAGGCUGGGCUUUAUUUUCUUACCAUGACCUUAUUUAUUGCAGAGUAUGGUUUGACCAUGGUGGUUUUAAGAGUGGUGUUUGGUGAAGAUUUUAGAGUAUUCCAGAUGGAAUUUUAAAGUCACUGCAAAGGCAGGUCUGGGGGCAGCUCCACUCUUAGAGAGCCAGGAGCACAGGGGUGAGCCCUGGCAGCGAGGCUGUGCCUCUGCCUCGGCUGACCGGACCCGAGAGGCUCAUGGCUUUGAGCACAGUGAGCAGUGCUCAGCCCGUCCAGGUGGGAUGAAUGCUUCUGAAAUGCUUUGCUGAGUUGCAAUUCCAGGGCCCCACACCAAAGCCAAGCCAAGCUGUGUGAGCCUUGUUAAAUGGGGAUGGAAGAGCAGUGUGGGGCGGGCGGGCAGAGCUGCGCUCCGGACAGAGCAGUAUUAGCAGCAAGCAGG